CCAAUACCAGUGCUGUACUUCACCACCACCACCUCGCGGCUGACAUUCUUAAUACUAGAGACGCUCAAUUGGUCGUGUGCAAGCUGUAUAAGGCCGUGCCUGCGUUGUCCCUGGCUUUGUCCCAGAGCAACAAUACUUCCCUCUACCUGAGACCUGAUUGAAAAUGCCUCCCCGAAUACAAAACCAGGUGGUCUCGGGCUCUCUCCUCCCUUACCUCUCCUCCUCUACUUCCUCGACCUCUUCAAACUCUUCCACAUGUAUCUCCAAGCUCUCACAAACAUACUCCUCUCGUUUCUUUUCCUCCUCGCCCGCCGCUCAGACCAGACUGCGGAAUGAGAUGUUCGCAUGGAUCAACAGCGAAGGUGCUCAACUGAAACAACACACGCCAGGGCGGACGAAUUACAUUACUCGUCUCAAGGGCAAUGCCGGCAAUCGGCCCUUUCCUCUGAACUCUAAUUUCGUCAGUGAGCCCAUACUCAGCGAGGAGUUGCGCAAUGAGAUCCACCGGCGGGUUGUGGACAGAAAGCAGAGUGUGCGUGCCGUCAGUGUUGACCUUGGGGUGGAUAUGCGGCGAGUAGCUGCCGUUGUUCGGUUAGUAGAAUUAGAGAAGCGAUGGAAACAACAGGGAAAGUCGCUAGCAUUGCCAUACGCUCGUGCAGUCCACGAGAUGGUCCCAACCACACCCCUCCGCAAUGACCUGGACGCUCGACCCCACGAGUCCAUCAACGAUCUCCCAGUCCACCGCCUCACCGAUCCUCAGAUCUUCUACCCCGUCUCCGAGUCCCGACAAUUCACCCGUGUUGACGCCGGUCGCGUGUUCUCCGCCGCGCCCGCCCUGCCACACAAAGAAGUCGAGCGCGACGUGGCCCACCCCGACGAGGCCAUCAGCAAGAUCACGCAAGACCCAACCCACAUCGAGCGCGUCGGUAAGGGCGACGAUGAGCAGCAGGUCCUCCAGCCCGCGGACGUGCGUAUCCCGCACCCGCACCUGGUUUCCCACGAGCGCCAGAUGAAGUCGAACCCCAACGAGUUCCGCGAGAACAUGAAGCUCUACCGCGAGCGGCUCCAGCAGGAGGAGGCGAUUAAGCAGGAACGCAAGAGACUCGCCAAGGAGCGCGCCGAGCAGCGGCUUGUCCGCGUGCAGCCUGAGGCCUCGCGGUUCGAGUUCCGCAUCAAGGAUGUCGUUGUCAGUCGCGAGACGACGGGCACGGAUGGUCGUGGUGCCCGGGCGCCCGGUCGGAGAUACGGUGUGCCUACGUACGACCGCAAGAAGGGACAGAUCAAGAUCCCUACUCGCGUGGAGGUCUAAGCCCAGUCUUACUGACACUGUUGAUCUAUAUUUGAUGAGGGGAGAUCUCGUUCUGCUUCUGCAUUCAUGAGCUGCUCUCGGUCAGGGAAAUGAUGUACUGUACAAAUAUCUCGUGAAGGGUGUGUCGAGCAUUAGCAUUGUACUUAUAUUCUGCCAUGUUUUAACAAUAUCAAUACCAACCAUGAGCUCCGAG